UUCUAAACUCCGCUUGUAAAAUUGUUUUGGUAACAAACGAGCUUGCCAAAUUUGCGAAAUACAAGCGUGACAUUGCUCCAUGUGUAUAGACACUUAAAAUGGAGCUAUCACUGAGAGACCAAGUCGAUGGCUUACUUACAGAGUAUGCAGAUACCGUUCGGCGGUUCUUUGCAUUGCUCGCUUCGGCAGCAGAAAAUGUGACAACCGAUGCGGGAGAAAUGCCAGAACAACUCGUGAAGCGCAUGGUAGAAUUAGACGACCAAUUGCAAACCGCCGCUCAGCAAAGUAAGUAGUUGGAAGAUGGUUGAGCAAUUAACGUCGAAUUAUUGGUUAACUAAUUGGAUUAAAAAAGUUGAGGAGCAUCAGGCACGACAACAACGGAUUAUUCGGGUUCAGGAUGACAUUCAACGACAUCACGAAGCUUUACUGCGAGUGGUACAGAAACUGGACAGUGCACGAAGCGAUCUGGAUCAAAGCUUGAAUGAAGCAAAGAAAGAAGUUCAAGCCAUUGAUUACGCAAACAAGUCCAACGUACAGUUUACCGACGUCAUAUCGUAUGCAUCCAAACUAUCAAAAUACACGUCGGCACCGCCCAACUUUGCCUCGAUGAACCGAGAUAUCAAAGUCGAUUUUGAAAAACCUUAUCCGGACGAAGAGCGAAUGCGACGUGGUCUUUUGUACUGGCAAAAUCAUCCUCAACCGUACCUGGAAGAUAAAAUGGAAAGCUCCGACAAUGAAAGUUCGGCCGAAGAAGAUGCCACCAAAGAAGGACACGGUACUGCCGGCAAACCUGCAGAAGAGGCAGCGGGCGACCCCUUUUGGAUCCUUGACCUUAAUCCGGACCUUGCAUCUUGAAGAUCAAUUAUUCCUCUUUUUCUUUUUCGACUGUCAUUUUUUCCUCGUUUCCAAUCAUCCAUUGCAUACCCUUUCACCUAUUGGAAUAACGAUAUUUGAUCUGUACAUCCAUUCGAUUUUUUUGAAAAGAAAAAAGCGCAAGCUAGACUCUCGAAUGCCAAUGUAUCACAACCAAAAGAGAAAAAAAAAAGGAAAAUGAUGCUUAAAUGCGGAAAGGUUAGCUCAUUCAUGCUUUGUCACCGGGGAUGAACCUUGCUCAAGAUAUCAUUGGUGCUGAACGUGUCAUUUUAUGGAAAAAAAAGAAGCAUCGGUCCAUUGCCAAGUUUGGUAACGAACACGUGCAAAGAACCGUGCUUCGGCGUAACCAUUGCGAUAAUCAAAAAGCUUUUUUU